ACUUCUACGUAUUUAUUUAUAUCUAUAUCUAUAUACUUGCAUUUGUAUCACAUUGUUUUAAUGCAUUCUCAUUACUUAAAACAUUGAAACAGAAUAGUCCCUAUUCCUCUUUUGUUAAUAUCAAUUCCCAUCAAAUAUCAGAUCACUAUCUCAUCCUCUCAUUCGUCAUACCAGUCUUGCAUACGAUACGAACAUCACAUCGGCAGAGACAAAGGAAUAAGGAACCACCACUUAUCCCCCGCCUCGUCACAACAUCAUCCCUCCAAAUCCACAUUAUCACAACAUACAAAAGCUCUCUCCCACCCUGAAAUAUUCAGAAAUCACGUUGAAAUGUUCUUAUAACCAAACGAAAAGGAGCAAACUCAAAAGGCUCCAUUUACACAUCCAUUUAUCAUGCCCAUAUUCCAAGAUGAUCUCGGUGACGGCCGAGAGAUAUUGCCCAUUCAAAAAUCAAAAAUAACUCCUGUUUCAAUGUCACCACCGGAGAGAAGAACAAUCAUGAGGAAAGAUAGUGAAGAAAGCAUUAGAACGGAAUUAUGUGAAGGUCCUGUACCAGAUACUCCCGAGGGACCAAAGACUAUACCGACUUUAGGUUUGGAUACAAGCUUUGAGAAUUCAUACAACAGAACAGCGGAUAGAGAAGAUCUCAUUGAAAGGUUAAAAAGGGGUGAAAAUUCGAGCUGGUUCCCGAAUUUGAAUUUGGUGUCCCUACUUCAUGGCCAAAGCCCAGAAACUCCCAUUCGAAAGACCUCGAAUCAUUCGAAUUCAUCUCCUCUAUUACCAUCUCCCGAUAUAUCCAAUACUACCAGACCCUCGUCAGUAGACAAACCUAGCUUACAAGCUAGUCUAGAGAUUGAACGACCAAAGUCCGCAUUACACAGUGGGAAUUUCACGGAAGGUCCACAUCAAACUAUAUCUGGUAGUCCUGCGCAAGAUAUGAAGAGAUUUGGCACAUCAAACUUACCAUGGCUAGCUACAUCUCCACCGCGAAAUUUUACUCCCUUUCAACUCGAUCCCCGGUUUCCAUCAGUGGAUAGAGUUGAAGCAGAUUUAAGAGCAAGAACUCGUGCACCAUCGUUAUCCUCUUCAUAUUCUUCGAGCUUUGUAUUGAAAGCACCAACAAGCCCUCUAGUACAAUCAGAAAGUAACGAGGAUUUAGAUUAUACGUCAAAUUUAAAUCCAAUAGACAUUUCUCCCGGGACACCUAAAACUAACUCAAGACGUCAUACUUUACAGGCUUCACAUUCAGUAUAUUCAAAUACUUCUAUACCGGGAUCUACCACUUUUAACAAACCUUUACCGAGUCUUAGGAGAGAUAACACAUAUCCUUACCAAGCUCAUCAACCUCGGAGAUCACUUGCCUCCAACACAAUGCCCCACUCGACAUCUUCUCCUCAAACACCGAUUUUCUCGCGGUCAAGGAGACCUUCAUUUUCUGACGUAUCACCUCUACACGCAUCGAUGGUGGGAUCAUAUGAAGAGAGCAUCCUUCGGGGACGAAUGUCUACUACACCCUCCAAGCCACUCGAUUUCGUUGCUAAAAUAGGGGUACUGGGGUUCGGAAAAUGUAAACCAAGUCUCAAAUGUCCACCUCAUGUGACCUUGUCAUUUCCGGCAGUAUUUUACGCCUAUGAAUCCACAAGUCAUGGUCGGAGAGGGAAAUCUGAUGAUGGGCCUAGUCCAUAUGUUGGCUGCAUUGAUUUAGAAAAUGGAUUGCCGAGCCCGGAGAAGCCAAGGGACAACCAAAAGAGGAGGAGAAAUGCUACGCUUGACCGAAUACAUAUGGAUGAUCUCGAGAACAACCCAUCAAGCUCAGGACAAGUCUCAGAACGAGAAAUUCGUAGAGCAGAAAAACAAAAACGUCGAUCCACUUCUCCACGAGCACCUCCAGGUGGUAGCUAUCGCAUCCCCGAAAAAGGGCAAUUGCAAAUCAUCAUCAAGAAUCCUAACAAAACAGCUGUUAAAUUGUUUCUUGUUCCAUAUGAUCUCACUGGAAUGGAACCUGGCACCAAAACGUUUGUACGCCAACGGAGCUAUUCUGCUGGACCUAUUCUUGAUUCGGCACUCUCAUCUUCGCCUCAUCGAUCCGCACCUAUUAUUGAUUCACUCGCCGAAAGACCUACCCUCCGCUAUCUUGUUCAUAUCCAUAUUUGCUCACCAGCUCGAGGUCGCUACUAUCUUUACAAAAGUAUACGAGUCGUCUUUGCAAAUCGUGUUCCAGAUGGUAAAGAAAAGCUUCACAACGAAAUCACAUUUCCAGAACCGAGAUUCACUACUUAUAAAGCAAUUCGUGAUUCGAGCUUUGGAGGUGCGGGUGCGGCAUUAGCGGCAGAAAUGGCAUAUCGGAGGAGAAGUUCUGGAUUUCCUUUGAGUGGGAAUAGGAAUUUUGAUUUUGGAAGUGACGAUGGUACAUCGAGUAGGGGGGGUGAUCCUAUUCCUUUUCAAUUUCAUGCGAAGAGAGGUAUGAUGGAUGGAGAUAAUGAUAUUGGACCAUUGGAUUUAGGGGCGAGGGAAUCAUUGAAUUCUGAGCAUAAUGUGAGACCGGGUACGGCAAUUGGAGAAGUAGAAAUGGGUGGCAUGAGACGUGGGAUGGGAACGGGAUUAUAUGAGAAAUUGAAGAAAGGUGAUUUAGGUUAUGGUAGUGAUGGAUUCUCUCCAACGAGAGUCAACACUCCCGAUAGAGAGGGGAGACAAACUCCCGCUGAAGGAUUGUUGGCAACGAGGUUGAGAGAACUGGGUGUAGGACUUUCGAUGGGGAUGGCUGGUGGAGAUGCGAGAGAAGGAACGGAUCUUGAAAGCGAGAAUGGAGGGGGAAAGUCGUAGACUUUAUGGGACUUGGAAUUGUGAAUUUUGUGAUUACAUUACACGGAGUAUAAACAAGCUGGAGAUUGGUCUGGGGUUGGCUUUUUGGGGUAUUGACAUGUAGCAAUUUGGUAUCACAUUGUAUCGCAAGGUAAGGCAUGGCAUCGCAUGGCAUCGCAUGGGUAUAGGAAUUGUUUGGCGAAGUGUGGGUUUGUUGCUUGAAAAUUCUUGGGAUCUUGGGGUCUUGGGGUCUUGGGGUCUUGGGGUCUUGGG